UGAAGCCCUGGGGCGCAGAGCGCCUCCCUCCCCAGCCCCUCUCCCAACAGCUGAUCGAGAAGAGCAAUGGCUGCAGCGGCUGGUGAUGGUGGGGGAGAGGGAGUGCAUGAGGAGAGAGGCGCGCCAGGAGAUGACAGAGCCUGAUUCUGCUGCAGCUGGGUGGAAUGAGCAGCCCCCCGAUAUAUGCGGGUGUCGGGAUAUCUGGCUGCUGGGCCCUUGGGGCUGAAGGCAGCACCAGCGGAGCGGAAUCCUUAGACAGACUGUACCCUGCCGCGAGGCCCCCCCGGAAACGGACCACCAGCCAGUGCAAAUCCGAGCCGCCCCUGCUGCGGACGAGCAAAAGGACGAUCUACACCGCCGGGCGGCCGCCAUGGUACAACGAGCACGGGACGCAGUCCAAAGAGGCCUUUGUCAUCGGCUUGGGAGGGGGCAGUGCUUCUGGAAAGACCACCGUGGCCAGAAUGAUCAUCGAAGCUUUAGAUGUGCCCUGGGUGGUCCUGCUCUCCAUGGACUCUUUCUACAAGGUGCUCACCACACAGCAGCAGGAGCGGGCGGCCAGCAACGACUUUAACUUCGACCACCCCGACGCCUUCGACUUCGACUUGAUCAUCUCCACCCUGAAAAAACUCAAGCAAGGCAAGAGCGUAACAAUCCCCAUCUACGACUUCACCACCCACAGUCGGAAGAAAGAAUGGAAAACGCUGUACGGCGCCAACGUGAUUAUCUUUGAAGGCAUCAUGGCUUUUGCGGACAAGAUGCUCCUGGAGCUUCUUGACAUGAAGAUAUUUGUCGACACGGACUCGGACAUCCGGCUGGUGCGCCGCCUGCGCAGGGACAUCGGCGAGCGCGGCCGGGACAUCGAGGGGGUCAUCAAGCAGUACAACAAGUUUGUCAAGCCCGCCUUCGACCAGUACAUCCAGCCCACCAUGCGGCUGGCCGACAUCGUUGUGCCCCGAGGUAGCGGGAACACCGUGGCCAUUGACCUGAUCGUCCAGCAUGUCCACAGCCAGCUGGAAGAGAGGAAGCUACGCUGGGAUAUGGCAGCGCUGGCCUCUGCCCACCAGUGCCAUCCCCUUCCUCGGACCCUCAGCGUGCUGAAGAGUACCCCGCAAGUGCGCGGCAUGCACACCAUCAUCCGCGACAAGGAGACCAGCCGCGACGAGUUCAUUUUCUACUCCAAGAGGCUGAUGCGGCUGCUGAUCGAGCACGCGCUGUCGUUUCUGCCUUUCCGGAGCUGCACUGUCCAGACCCCUCAGGGAGAGGACUACGAAGGGAGAUCCUACAGUGGGAAGCAGAUCACAGGUGUGUCUAUCCUGAGAGCAGGCGAGACCAUGGAGCCGGCGCUCCGAGCCGUGUGCAAGGACGUCCGAAUCGGCACCAUCCUCAUCCAGACCAACAGCAACACUGGAGAGCCAGAGCUCCACUACCUGAGGUUGCCGAAGGACAUUAGUGAAGAUCACGUGAUCUUGAUGGACUGCACGGUCUCCACGGGCGCGGCGGCCAUGAUGGCCGUGAGAGUGCUGCUGGAUCACGACGUCCCCGAGGACAAAAUCUUCCUUCUCUCUCUGCUGAUGGCGGAGAUGGGCGUCCACUCGGUGGCCUAUGCCUUCCCCCAGGUGAAGAUAAUCACAACGGCUGUGGACAAGAAGGUGAACAACCUUUUCCGGAUCAUCCCCGGCAUCGGGAAUUUUGGAGAUCGCUACUUCGGGACUGACGCCCCGCCUGACUGGAGUGACGACACCCUGGACACUUAGCAAACCCCCCGCCUGCCCUGGGUCAGAAGACGAGACCCCACCCUGGAGCCGAGGCGGCUUUGCGACCGCACCUUACUCUUCUGUUGUACAUUUCCAAAGAGAUUUCCCCUAGGGCAUAAAUAUUUUUUCAGCUGUUGCGUUUGAAGUCUAGGGCCUAUUUUUUCAAAAGGAAGAAAUGCAAAUCCUAGCAGACUGUAUGUGCACAGGCACGUGUCCUACUUUAGAGCCGAGUUAAUUUAUUUUAAUUUAAAUAUUUGCCUAUGUAACUUAUGUUAGAUUUUAUAAUGAACAAAAUAAAGAUUUUCUCCAGUUUU